AUGGCAAAAGGAAGAAGUUUUAGUAUUGCUGCGGCGCCUGGAGCACCAAGUCCACUUAAAAUGGAAGAUGAUAGAAGAAAGUCCAUUAGUGCUCUUGGUGGAAAAAUAGAAGAGUUUACGAGUAAAAGCCCUGCUCUUGGCUUAAUUCAAGAAGCUAAAAUAGAGAGUAAAGAAAGUGUACGUGGAUCCCAAGAAAGUAUCAAAACAACUGAUAAUAAAGAUGUACCUGAACGACCAGAAUCCCGCUUAUCGGGUUCUAAAAUGACGGAUUCCAUUAUAGGAUCAUUAACAGCUCCAAAAAAGAAAAUGGACGAUGACGAUGAUGUUGUUUCACAAAAUGUGAUAAUGUCGACUAAAAACGGGAACCAACUUGUCCAAAAUCAAAAUAAAGUUGAUUUGUCUGAUCGAUCACCAUCUUUAACACGAAGCGAAGAUUCUCCAGAACCGAAAACAUCACAAAGUCCGGCAUUGUCACAGAAAUCUCACACCCCGGAGCCGCAGCGUCCCAAAACACCAAAGAUUGAAGGCAAAGAAAUAAGACCAGAAUCUGCUGUAAAAGAAAUAAAAUCUAACAAACCCACGCCCAAAUCACCAGCAGCAGAAGCUAAACCCCCGUUACCAGUACAAAAGAAACCUAAUGAACUUAUUACAUCAAUCACGCCAUCUGAUUCUAAGAAAUCAACUCCUCGUAAGACAGCUUCAGCACCGAAAGCUCGAGCUAAAGAUGGGGAUAAUGAUAGUGGCGUUGAUGAAUCUACGCAAGGAAAUGAUGUAAACGGUUCUCCUGGUUCCCCGAAUAAGAAAAUUCCGAGCAAGUUGCCAAUGAAGGAGAAGUCGAGCAGUAGUCUCAAACAGAGUCUUUCGCGAUCAUCAAGCAAAAGUGCCACAGUGAAAACUCCUGAAAAUCCGACCCCUAUUGACAAAAAGAAACUGCCGAUGAAUAAGGUCCAAGUCGGUAAUGCGCCAUCUCCAAACAUCAAAGCUGUGAAGUCAAAGAUCGGUUCUUUGGACAAUGCCACCUACAAACCAGGUGGCGGCAAAGUGCGAAUCGAAAACAGAAAGAUCGAUUUCAAUAACGUCACACCUAAGAUUGCUGCGAAAAAUGAAAACUACAUGCCUAGUGGUGGCUCUAAGAAGAUAACUACUACAAAACUAGAAUGGAAUGCGAAAUCAAAGAUUGGAUCCUUGCAAAACGCUGCAUACAAGCCUGGCGGUGGAGACAAGAAGAUUGAAACAGUCAAACUAGACUUUAAAGAAAAAGCGAAGCCAAAAGUAGCAUCUACAGCUAACAUUACUCACAAGCCAGGUGGAGGAACCGUAAAGAGUCCACUUCCUCCAGUGACGCAGACACCUAAAUCUGAUGAAAAUUUGAAUCAACAGCCGUGUUAA